AUGGCAUCAAAUAAGGAAGAGGUGAAGCUUUUUGGAAUGGUGAUAAGUCCAUAUGUGACAAGGGUGGAGAUUGCUCUAAAAUUGAAGGGAAUUGAAUACAUAUAUGUGGAAGAAAAGGCUGGUAACUUGAGUGAGAAAGCCAUCAAAUACAAUCCAGUUUAUAAGAAAGUUCCUAUAUUUGUUCAUAAUGGAAAGCAGAUAUCAGAGUCUAGUGUGAUUCUUGAGUACAUUGAUGAAACUUGGAAACAAAACCCAAUACUGCCUUCGGAUCCUUACCAAAAAGCCUCAAGUCGUUUCUGGUCAAACAUCAUAGAUGACAAGCUUAUGAAUGCUGCAAAGAAAGCUAUUUUUUAUCAUGAUGAGAAAGAGCUUGAGCAAGGUAUUGAGGAAACAACGGUUGCUCUUCAGCAUCUUGAGAAUGAUCUCAAGGAUAAAUUUUUUGGUGGAAAUGAGAUUGGAAUUGUUGACAUUACUGCUGUCAUCAUAGCUUAUUGGCUCCCUAUUAUACAAGAAGCAUUUGGAUUGAAGUUGUUCACUAGUGACAAAUUUCCCAAGCUUUAUAAUUGGAGCCAAGACUUCAACAAUCACCCUAUUGUUAAGGAAUUAUUGCCACCUAGAGAAACCCUUAUGACCAAUUACAUAGGUCAUUAUGAAAGGCACGUUGCUUCAAAAUAG